AUGGACAAAGGUGACGUGCGGGUGGACCUCGACAAGCUCCCCAUCAAGCGCCUUGAGGCCAUUGACGAGAUUGGCAACGAGCACUACCCACCGGACACUAGCAAUGAGGAGCAGCGACUCGCGGCCAUCCGCCGGAUUGACUUCUCCUGGGUCAUAGAGAAGGAUGCAAAGAAGGCCAAGAAGGCGGCUGAGGCUGACACUACCCAGCAGGCAUGGCCCUGGCAGGGCCUUAUGGAGAGCCUGCAGCAGGCACAUCAGGAGCUCUCCGUUGUCAUAGACCUCAUCGGCACGGUGGAGGCUAAUGACGCUGUGGCCGUCGCCUCGACAACGAAGCCCAAGUCGCAGCCAAAUGAAAUACUUGUUGACAUGGCAGUCUCUGCUGCCACCAAGCUCCAGCGCCUUAGGCAUUUGUCACGGUACUUCAAACAAUCUUCUAGGACAAUGGAGCAACAGUUCCAAAAGGAGACUAGGUUCUACAGCUCCUUAAUAAGAUUGCAGCAGAACUGGAAAGUGAAGCGGCAGCGGGCUGUUGGGAGUCCAGGAAGUGAAGGCUUCAUGUUUGAUCUAGUUGAUAGUUCUCAGCUAGACACAACAACAAUGCCUCGGUUAUCACCAUUAUCUUUAAUUCCGAUUGAUCAAGACUCUUCAGGCACUUUGUCUGUACAAAUACCACAGAAGUCUUUCCGUUCCUUGAGCCUUCAAUUUCGUGGAGACAUAGCCAAUAAUGCAGAAAGCACUGCUAUAAAAAAGAAAGAAGGCACGUUAACCAACACAACUACUGAAGCCAAAAAGGAUGUUUUGGAGAAUGAUGAUGUCAAUAAGUCUAUCAAACAUGCACAUUCCAUCCUUCGUGACAUCCACAGGUCCAUAUUUGAGGAGCAGGUAUUUGAUAUGGUGAUCCGGGAGACAUUUAUCCAAUCUCAAGGCAUCAAUGUUACUGGGAUGUGCGAAGAUUUUCUGCAAUUAGCGAUUGGCCAGGAGUGUUCUUUGUGCCUUUCGCUUGAGCUCUCUGGACAAAAUAGUAACUCAGGAACAGUAGGGCAGGAAGAUCAUAUGGAUACAGAUUAUACUGGAAGUCUUGCAGUAGCCACUGUAAAUGGGAAGGAGUCUUCAAAUAAGGAUGUGAGAGGGUUUCCUAACCCCAAAUGCUUAGAAAUUUACCUGCUACAUAUGUUCCAUGAAAACAUUCUUAGGAAACUCAGGGAGAAAUCUCGUCAUAUGGUUCGUUACCAGGGUUCUGCUCAGGCUGCACCUGACGAUUGUGGCCUGCUAAGUCAUUUUUGCAUGACAGUGUCUCACAGGAUAUUUUCUAACAAAGUACAUUUGGAGCUGGAAAGUGUGGUUAGUAGGGUUCCUUAUCUCCAUCUGCGUUCCCUUCCUACAUGGCAUUCUCGGACGUCUUCCUGGUCUCUCUGCUUGAAAGUUCCUCAGCCUAUCCUGUCCACAGAUCGAGCCAGAAAACCUUCAGACCAUCACGAGCUGAAGUACAAAUCCAGGUCACAGUUUAGUACAAAGGUGAUCUUGAAAGAUGGCCAAAUUAGUUUAAUGGGUGAGGGCUCUCCAAGCAUUGCUGGAUCGUUGACUGGGAAGCCAUCUGAUGGACGUCUGAUAAAUAGUUACAAUUGUGACUUGGAAGACCUCCCAAUGAUGCUUCUGCAGCAGGUUGCCAGUCAAGUAAUCCACUGGCUCCAUGAUGAAGCAAUGGUUCUUGGGAUGAAUGUGACUAGAGAUUUCCUGUGCCUGUACUUUGAUCUUGACCAAGGCGAAACACUUGGCCUAGUGGCACAUGUUGAUCCGGAUGACACAUAUGGCUGCAUCUCAUGGUACCUCACUGUUGAUCACCCAACGGAGGAGGGGAAGAUGUCAGCGGAUAGUCCAGAAUUAGAGAAGCGUAGGUUUUUGGGGUACCUUUCACUGGAAGUGCUUUACUCUACCCUGAUGGACCUGAUAAAAUUGUGCAGCACAGCCACCACGUGGCCCCUCCUCGCCCUGGCGCUCAUCAACUGCGUCAAGGAGGACAUCUCGGGUAAGAAGCGCGGUGCCACCAAGAGCGCUGCCGCCCGGAUGUUCCGCGUUGCUGUCCAGUGCGCGGAGGACGUCAAACUAUCAGGGCAUUCGCUACUUUUGUUCUCAGUUGCUAAGCAACUUUUCAUUCAUAUAUGGGAGGUCAUAAAAGAUGGCCCCAACUUUCAGUUAGAAUACAGCAUAAUUCUUAGACAGCUUCUAAAUGUGAAGGAGUACCGCUAUCAGAUGAAACCUCGAAUAUAUAGCAAUUUUGUAUCACUCUACAUGAAGAAGGUUGCUACUGGUUUUGAUGCAAAAUUCAGCAAUCAGGCGAGCUCCAAGGAUGAAUCCUUCCGCUGUACAUUGACACUUCACGUUCUACUUGAAAACCCACCGGGUGAUUACCCCGACAUUAUGCGGGAGGAGAGCUUGUUCAUAACCUAUGCGAAAGUUCAGCUGAAGAUUGCCAGGAAUAUUCCAGAGAUUUUGGAAAAACUUGUUGACGUCAUCAUUAAGGAACUAGACAAAAAUGUUAACACCGGACCUGGUGUUCUAUGGUGUGAGGCACCACGAGAUGAGAAAGCUGUGUCCUUAAGAUGCACAACGAAGACAGCAAACAGGGAGAAAAGGCUGAAGACAGAACACAUUAUGAACCUUAUCGUUGAUGGCCUUUUUAGAGGAUCUUUGUUUUGGUUUGAAACCCUCUUCUGA